CACUUCUCGCGAUAACCGUGAGACUCACGUUGAAACAUGGUGUAGCUAAUGCCAUCUCCUUCACAUGAGAUGAAGUCCAACUGACAUAAACGGGCGUCUAGAAAAAACCGGCAAGAUCAUACUUUGAGAGGGCAAGUGUGAUUGCUCGCUAUGUUGGUCAUAGGAUAUCGUGGGCAAGCAAGGGAGCUUGCUUACUGUUGUUGUUGGGUGCAUGGUGACGGGCACCCUUUGACCUUUGCAUGUGCUGCAUAGGGAGGGACUAAGGAAUAGACGAUGGUGGGGUUGACAAAGAAGCCACACAGGCAGAGGAAAGCCUCACGGGUCGAGGAAAAUACUGUGGUCAUGGAGCUCAUGGCUGAGGAACGGAAUGGUGUCUUACUCACUGCGACCCAUUAAUCUGUGGCCUAGAAACACCUCGUUAGCAACAGAAAUCGUCAAUGGUUCUGGUGGUGGCUGGUGAUGGCCCCACUAGCUCAUAGACAUCACGGGAAAAGGUUCCUUUGGGUACAUGACAGUGUGCACCCGUUGCACGAUGUGCACAAACUCCGUGGUUGGGGACUACUUUGGCAAUGAUAGAAAGAGUCGGUAGUCUAUGUGAUGGCCGCUGCUACCCUCUUCAGGCUCACGGUUGGGCUAAGCUAGGCUCCAUGGGCCUCUGGACGUCAUACUAUGUGGUUUUGGGUGGAAAGACCUCCAUCGAGUCUGCCUGACAACAAAUAGAGACACUGGUGAUGGCGAUAGUGAACUCCUGUCAUCGCAAGCCUCCUGGGUGCACGAUUACAUGCACCUGUCAUGCAUUGUGCAGGCCAUACACAUUUGGGACGUUCUUUACGUGCACAGUUCACGCUUAGCAUCCACCUAUCAUGCAAUGUGCAUGUUGUCCGCAGUUGGGGGCGUACUUUAAGUGCAUAGUGCACUCCUGGGUAUUGGGUUUGCACCUCUUUUGUUUUUCCAGCAGCAGUAUUAAUAAAAAUAAGAGAUGGAAAGUUGAGAACUUUUGUCUGAAAGUAAAUUUAUCUUCUCAUUCGGAGAUGAUUUCGUAAGUUGAAAAAUCAUCAUUCUUCCUCUUCUGGUGUAGAGGAUUAGACGAUCCAACAGAUAGCGCCAAUUGUUGAGACAUAAAAUUUUCAAUAGGCCAGAAUGAGAGAAUGAGUCGUUCCCAGCCCACAAUGGUGACACAUCUCUUAAUCAGCGUCUUUUGAAGCCCACGAUGCUGUUUCAGGAGUCAGUACGGUACCUGUACCUACAUCUAUAGCAAUAAAUAGAAAAGGAAUACUGUAAAUGUAAGUAGAGAUCAAUGAAACAAAUUUAUGUGAUUCAACAUAGAGCCUACUUCUACAGAUCAUUUGGAAGCCAAAUCUAUUAUGAUCCACUAUAAUGGGAGCAUUUUAUAGUUUCUCAUUGUCUCUUGUAGCUUACAAUAUAAUGGGAAUUCGUGAAUCGUGACCCUUUAGCUUAAACAAGGUGAAAAGAAUGGCUUCUCACCUAAUGAGGUUGAAGACGAUGCUUGCCUAAGGUCGCCGCACUCUCUCCUCUUUCAUCCGAUCAUGUCCCUUUUAUUUUCGCCCUCCCAAUGGUAGAUGAGAAAAUCAUAUUUACGUCACUCACUUGACUUGCUUUCCUUUCUCAAAUCUUGCUUUAGCUUCAUGAUCACACCUUUAUCAUGGAUUGGGCACCAAUCUUUAUCAUGGAUUGGGCUUGAUACGUCUCAGGCCAGGCCUGAUAUAUUUAUCCCAACAAUAAGUAGGGUACAUUUUAAAUAAGAAUCAAUUUGUAAGUUUUGGCGUGGAAAGAAAUGGAGGAUCUAAAAGAGGCAAUUUUUAUUAGUACGCACAACCAAAUACAAAGGGAUAGGGGUGGAAGGGGUUUGUGGAAUUGCUGUCAUUAGUGUUUAUUUAGAGCUAGUUAUUUACACAAGUGGCAAUCUCUCAACCUUCAAUUCCUAACUUGUAGGAGAAAUGCAUUAGCUAUAUUAGGUCGACCAUGAGGCACCAAGAAGCUGACCGGCUAGCCGGGCAACCGGCACACCUACACGAUUUGUCACUUAAAAGGAAGGAGGUGGAGGCGGCGGAGGGGCAGAUCCUAUUUCCUCUCUUGGACCUCUGCAUUUCAAUAAUGUUUCUUGGGAUUUUUACCUCUUCUUUUGGCUUAUUUCAAAAAUACAAGCCGAGUAUCUAGGUGCACCUAGCCUGUUGAUCAUCAAUCUUAACUAGCCAUUUCAAUUUUGCCUUCCUUUGUUGUUGAUCCAAGCUUAGUUCAAUUGGUCAUCUGUGUUCCUGAUUCUUGGAGGCUACCUAGGUGUUAAAUGUUGGGUUAUUCAAAUAUUCAACAUCGUCCUCUGCAACGAAAAAAGAAUAGCAGGAGUUGAUCAAGAUGGCGACUGGAUUCUACGCUCAGGCGCCAUUUUUCUCCCAUUGCAAUGCAAGCAGUUCCCUGCCAAGAAGCCCAGAUGUAUCCAAGAUUCCAAAGGAUGUGGUGGCAGGGAUGAUGAUAGACAACUCAAAUGGUUGGGGAGGAAAUUUUGUGCAGAUGAUAGAGCUUCGCAAGAAGAUACUAACCUUUAGAGAUGUCAUUGACCUUCCUCCUUGUGAUGGUUUGGGCCCCAUCCAUGAGUUGGUGAUUGGAACUGUAGAGGAUCUCCAUAAUCUGUACCCUAAUAUUGUUCCGGGAAAUCUGAACUCAGAAAUGAAAGGAACUUCAAUGAAUCAGGAAUUGGCCCACCUACACAAUGCAUUGAAAUCCAUUGGAGAUUCAUGGGCAAAGAACCACAAGUGGAUAAAUUAUUCUGGAGUUAAGGUAGAGGACAACAUGGAGAACAUCAGUUUGGAGCAACUCGGUCGAUGUGUACAAGCAAAGCUUGAUUACAUGACUAACAUAGCAAAAGAAAUGUUUGAUGUGAUGGAAGAAGAAGGGCGCAAUGGGGGAGGGUUACAAGGCUCCACUAUUGGGGAGGUUCUAAGCAGAUCCUAUUCAGACAGCAAAACCCUCUGCCCUUCCCCGAAUACUCCAACUCCAGUCCCUCUUGAGCUGACAUUCGCUAUGAGACCUGGGGACUUUGCCGAUCUUUUCCCUUCCCAAUCUCUUCUUUUGCCUCUCAGACUUCAGGCAGUUGGGAACUUGAUGCCCACAGACAUGAAAUGCCUGUCAUUCAACAUGUCACCUAAUUUAUCAUCUCAAGGCUCCAGCCAAACAACAGGGAAAUACAAGGUUGCUGGAGGACAAAAUGAAAUAAUGCAAGAAGUUGCUGAAGAAUCACCAGAUAUUGCAAGUCCUGAGAGGCCUAAUGAUUCUAAAGCCACAAUCAUUUCACCAAAGAUCCCAAAUUUAAGUUCAAAUACGAUGCCUGUAGCACGUGGCUCAGCAGCAGUACCACCCCCACCUCCACCCCCACUGUCCACUACGCCACCAAUACCACCCAUUCAGGCUUCUAUAGGAUCAGCACUGAUGCCAUCUCCUCCCAUGCCACUGACAAAGGGAGCUGCACCACCACCUCCACCUCCACUUGGUGUGGCAAAGGCUCUACGCCCAAAGAAGGCAACUACCAAACUGAAGAGAUCAACCCAUAUGGGCAACAUGUAUCGAAUCCUGAAAGGAAAGGUUGAAGGCUCUGGUUUAAAUGACAAAGUUCGAAGGGGAAGUAGAACUCAGAUUGGAGCUUCUGUGAGGGGCCAACAGGGAAUGGCCGAUGCACUAGCUGAGAUGACGAAAAGAUCAGCAUAUUUCCAGCAAAUUGAAGAAGAUGUUCAGAAGCAUGCAAAAUCAAUCAUGGAUAUUAAAACUUCCAUUGAUUCCUUUCAAACAAAGGACAUGGCUGAGCUUAUCAAAUUUCACAAGCACGUGGAGCUGCAUUUGGAGCAAUUGACUGAUGAGACCCAGGUGCUGGCAAGGUUUGAAGGCUUUCCCACAAAGAAGCUCGAAUCAUUAAGAACUGCUGCAGCACUGUAUUUAAAAUUGGAAGGAAUAUCUACUUCACUGGAGAAUUGGAAAGUAACCCCUCCAUUGGGGCAGCUCCUUGACAAGGUUGAUUCCUACUUCAACAAGAUCAAGGGAGAAGUGGAUGCAUUAGAAAGAACCAAAGAUGAAGAUUCUAAGAGACUGCAGAGCCACAAUAUUCAUUUCGACUUCAAUAUUUUGGUGCGUAUUAAAGAAACUAUGGUAGAUGUUUCUUCAAGCUGCAUGGAGUUGGCACUUAAGGAACGGAGAGACGCAAAGUCAGCUGCCAAUGCAGAAACUGGGCCUAAAGCCGAAGACGGUUCGAAGGCGCACACAAAGAUGCUCUGGAUGGCUUUUCAGCUUGCAUUUCGGGUCUACAGCUUUGCAGGUGGACAAGAUGAUCGGGCGGAGGCGUUGACUCGAGAGUUAGCAAACGAAAUAGAAGCUGAUCCACAGCAGGAGUGAUCGAUGUUAAUAUAGUUUCCAUCAAACAACCAUAAAAGACGAUAUAUUAUCCCUAUCCUCUUAGAGCUGCGUGUCGGCUGGGUUAUGAAGUGCAUGCUGGAAACUGGUAAGACUUGCAGAAGUGUCACUCAAAACCUGAUGUACCUAUCUAUCUUGAAAAUAAUAAUAACAAUAAUGAAAGAUAAAAUAGAAGAAAAAAUAAUGUAAAUUGAAUCAACCUUAUGAUGAUCCAAAACUUCUUGGAUUAAGUUAGUGCAUGUUGGAAACCUGAACCCACCUUGUUUUGCUUAAUUGGGUGUGCUUUAUUAGUUGCAAAUGCAGAACUGAACUAUUUAGCGAGACAGCCUAAACAUGCUUGCAUAUUGAUGCAUCUUGCAGGGUAUUGUCAUUCGAUUUUCUUUUUCUUUCUCUUUUUCCUUUUACCUACGGGUAAAAUAGUUGGACGCAACCGUGGUUUCCAGGUGUGACCAUAGGAGGUUGGAUAUGGUCAUUGUAUGUUGGACAAAAUGUCUUUGAAGGUGUACAACAUUUAAUCUACUACAAUGUAUAAUUUUUGAAGCAGAAAGCUUUGCUCCUAUUUAA